UGGCAGACCCAGAGGAAAGGCAUAGUCCUCUUGCUUUAUUCCAGUAAAUGGACUAAAAUCCCCUCAAUCAAUAAACUCAGAAGAGGCACGUUCUUUAGAAACGGCCACAUUAGCAGCAGGAGGAGCACGUAUGAACAGGACGCAGACUUCAUCUUCAGCUUACUUGGAUAUUUAAACCGUUUUGACAGCUUUCCCCACCUGCGGCUAUUUCACUGACAUUUCUUCUGGGCUUCAUGUGAGCAGGGAAUGCAUAGACAUGAAUAGGUAAUGUGCAUUUUGUCUGUGUUUCUUGGAGCACUGCAGCAAAGAAAAUACUGCUCAGAAAUUGCUCACACGACUUCUUUUUCUCUCUUCUAGUUUUAUAGGUGACAUACUUUUUGCAGGCAGUUCAGCUGUCACCCUUCAGGAAACUUGGUUGAUCAAAUUUUUUCUGCAUUGAGGCUUUAUUCCCUGGAAUGCUAGACUUUGACUGAGAAUAGUUAGUGUGACUGAUAGUCCCUCUCUUCUGUUGCUGAAGGUUCUUUAAAAAAACACACACGUUUGGGCCAUCUGUCUCUAAUUCUCAUUCUUACAGGCUGACGUCUAAAAGUGCAUCCAAAAAUGCAAGGAUUUAAGUGUAUAAUUGGUGCACCGUAACAUUCAGAUACUACGAGUUGGCAGUCAGUCUCUUGGGAUGCUAUCAAACUGAUCUAUUGACAAAAUCCAAAAAUAAAACUUGUAACAGAAAAGGAAUUUAGGAAAGAGAAGAUAUUUAUCUGUAAAAAAGCCUUAGCGCAUAAACUUGAGUAAACAGAGUUUGUGUCUUCAGGGGAAUUACUUUGGCCAUCUCAAAGAACUUGUUUCUCUUUCAAUAAGUAACCAAGCCCACAGAUUUCCCUCCUCCUUCCUCUGCUUUUCCCUUUGCCUUAGCUGUCGAUUGGUCUCUCCCUCUCUUUUUCACAAUUGUUUUACUCAGCCGACUUAUGCACUGAAGAGCUGCAUUUCUGCCUGCAUAAAUAUGAAAUGGGCUGGAUGGGAUUAGGGGGAAGUGGCAACUCCGCCUCUCCCAUCAGACACAGGACUAGAUUAGUGGUGGAGAUGGAACAAAACACAGAGUACUGGCAGCAUGACAAUAACCAACUUUGCUGUGGCCCUAAUGCUAGGGAGCAUCCUUAUCGUGGGUUGCUUUGACAAGUCAUCCAGUACAUCUAUUUACCAUCGUAUCCAUCAUCAGCAAUCUCUUCACCUGCCUCUACCCACCUCCCAGAAUCAUCAGCCUCACCAUCCUUUGCCCGCUCAUGGCCAUCACACAGGUUGCCCAAAAUACGCAGGCAAAAGUGGCUCUAUUGGAGACUUUGUGAAUGUCACUGAGUUUGGUGCGGAUUGUUUAAACUGGGUGGAAGUGCCCACUUUUUUGGAGAGGACCCCAGGUAAAGGGCUUGGUGAUCACAACUUCUGCAGAAACCCAGAUGGGAGGAGUAAACCCUGGUGCUUCUUCAGGAACAACCAUGGGAGGAUAGACUGGGGCUACUGUGACUGCAAACAAGGGUCAGUGCGUCUUCGAGGGAGCAAAAGCAAGUCAGAGGGAAGUGUUGUAGAAGUAUAUGUAAAUGGUGCCUGGGGAACAAUCUGUAGUGGCCAAUGGGAUGAUAAUGAUGCUUCAGUUAUAUGCCGUCAACUUGAGCUUGGAGAUAAAGGAACGGCUAAGAAAAUUGUAUUAUCUGGAGUGGGCCAAAUUUCUGCUUUCUGGACUGAUGUGCAAUGUCGUGGCAAUGAAGAAAAUAUACUUCAGUGUGCAAAAGACAUCUGGCGCAGUGGUGCAUGCCCACAGGAUACAGCAGCAGCAAUCACAUGUAGCGUUAUACAAGCAAAAGACUCUGUUUUCAUCCCUGCACGUUUGGUUGGUGGGAGCUCUCCCUAUGAGGGACGGAUAGAGGUCUAUCAUUCGGGCCACUGGGGCACAGUGUGUGAUGAUCAGUGGGAUGAUGCUGAUGCCGAAGUUGUUUGCAGACAGUUGGGUUAUGGUGGUGUUGCAAAGGCAUGGAGUCAAGCUCACUUCGGAGAAGGAGUGGGCUUUAUUUUACUGGAUGAGGUACAAUGCACGGGGAAUGAACUUUCUAUAGAAGAAUGUCAGAGAAGCCCGUGGGGUGAACAUAACUGUGGCCACAAGGAGGACGCAGGAGUAUCCUGUACCCCACUGGCAGAUGGUGCAAUUAGACUAGCAGGUGGGAAAGGUAGCCAUGAAGGGCGUCUGGAAGUGUUCCACAAGGCACGGUGGGGAACUGUGUGUGAUGAUGGCUGGACAGAUCUGAAUACACAGGUGGUGUGUCGCCAACUUGGAUACAAGAAUGGAAAAAUUCUGUUGGAAAACCACUAUGCAGGCAGUGCUGGUGUGAUCUGGUUGGAUGACAUAAGCUGCACAGGAAAGGAGUCCAUGAUAAGCCAGUGCUCUAGGAGAGACUGGGGGAAACAUGACUGCAGCCACCAAGAGGAUGUCCACAUAGCUUGUCACCCAGACAAUGAGACUCAUCGGCCUCUUAGUGGUCCCCCUUUGAGGUUAAUGGAUGGCGAGACAAAGAAAGAAGGGCGUGUAGAGAUUUAUCUCAAUGGCCAGUGGGGAACUAUCUGUGAUGAUGGAUGGACUGAUAAGGACGCCUCUGUAGUUUGUCGGCAGCUUGGCUACAAGGGUCCAGCAAAAGCAAGGACCAUGGCUUAUUUUGGAGAAGGAAAGGGGCCUAUUCAUGUUGAUAAUGUGAGGUGCACAGGAUAUGAAAGGUCUUUGGCAGACUGUAUCAAGCAAGAUAUUGGCACACACAACUGCCGCCAUAGUGAAGAUGCUGGUGUGAUAUGUGAUUACAUUAUUAAAAAGUCAACGUUUGCUGCAAAUAAAGAACUGUCACCACUUGUCUGUGGUUCAAGAUUACAACAUCGUCGGCCAAAACGUAUUAUCGGUGGGAAGAACUCUGUAAGAGGGGGCUGGCCAUGGCAGGUGGCUUUGCGGCUGAAGUCUUCUCACGGUGAUGGAAGAUUGUUAUGUGGUGCAACUCUGAUCAGUAGCUGCUGGGUGCUUACAGCUGCUCACUGCUUUAAGAGGUAUGGUAAUAACACACGCAGCUAUGUGAUACGUGUCGGGGACUACCAUACACUCGUACCAGAGGAAUAUGAAGAGGAUAUGACCAUCCAACAGAUAAUAAUACAUAACGAUUACAGACCUGAUGGCAAUGACUAUGACAUUGCUCUGAUUAGAUUGCAUGGAACAGCAGAGCAGUGUGUACAACUAAGCACCCAUGUAUUACCAGCUUGUUUACCACUUAGGCGAGAAAGACCCCAAAAAACUGCAUCAAACUGCUAUAUUACUGGAUGGGGUGACACUGGUCGGGCAUAUUCUAGAACUUUACAACAAGCUACAGUAACAUUACUUCCAAAGCGUGUCUGUGAAGAACGCUACAGGAGUCAGUUUACUGGAAGGAUGCUCUGUGCCGGAAGUGUUAAAACACAGAAGCACGUAGACAGUUGUCAAGGUGACAGUGGAGGUCCUCUGGUAUGUGAACGUUCAGGGGGAAGCUGGAUCGUUUAUGGGGUAACCUCUUGGGGAUAUGGCUGUGGUGUCAAAGACUCUCCUGGAGUUUAUACAAAAGUGUCUGCUUUUAUACCAUGGAUUAAAAGUGUGACCAAUUUAUAAACAUUGAAAGUACUCAACAAAUGAAGACAAAGCCAAGUCAUAUAUAUGUUACAACAUCAGAAAAUUGACUGUCAGAAUGCCUAAUCUUAGGUGGAUGCCAUAAGUAAGUUAUUACUUCAAUUUGCGUUUUAAUGUUUACAUGGAACCUGGGCACUUUGAAGAAGCCAGUGCAACAGGACUGAGAAGUUUAUCCGACUAUUUGGACAUCUUGCUUUGAUGUUUUGUUGGUUAUUAAAUGGAGACAUGUGUGUGUGAAAAAUAAAGCCAAAGACGCUGGAGCAAAAUGUUGGAAAGUAUCUUCAGAUAUGCCAAUGUUUGCUCAGGGAUCUAGACAGAGAGUGUAUAUACUUAAUACUCAAUGCAGUUCGGGUUAGAGUUAGAGUAUACUGUAAAUCCAAGAUACAUGUUUUUAUUCCAGAAUUGUUUUUAUUCUGUAUAUCAGCAACAGUACUUCAUUGAACUAUUGCCUUUCUGUAUUGAAGUUAGUAAUCUAAUGAAUUAUUUUCAGCAGAAGAAUCCAAUGACCUAGUUUACAAGCAGUGUAAUUUAAACAAAUGUAUGUAAAGUGAAUUAGGUGGCUAAGUCAGACUAAUGAAAUUUAGUUGCAAAUAUAAAAAAAAUUAAAUUCGUCUUAUUUUUCUCUACAUGAAUAUGCUUAUGGACAGCCAUUAAAGGGUUGUAAGAGUGUAUUAAAGCUAUAUAAAUUGUUCUUAUAAAGUACUUUCCUGGGAAGUUAAAAUGACUAUGGCCUAAAAGCUACUAGCUAGCUUCAAAAAACUUCCAUGGCAAACACUGUAAUCGCCUGACAAACUCAUGCCAGAUGCCUGUAAAAAGUUUAAAGGAGAACUAAACCCUAAAGAUGAAUAUGGCUAGAAAUGCUAAUUUCUAUAUACUAAACUGACUGCACCAGCCUAAAGUUUCAGCAUCUCUAUAGUAGUAAUGAUAUAGGUCUUUACAGUUGUCACAGUGGGUUCCUAUCUUGGAUUCCAUUAGAACUGUUUAGGACAGUGCACAUGCUCAGUGGGCUCUGGGCAGCUGUUGAGAAGCUGAGUUUAGGGGUCUGAGCAAAUCAUCAAGCAGAAAAUGAGGCUGACCUGUCAUAUAAACUGAUGCUAGGGGGCUGAUUAUUAAAUUCUGAUGCUAGUUGCACUGGUUGCUGAUCUUCAAUUUAGUAAUUAUCAGUAUUCAUUUAUAAUCAGCCUUAUAUUAUACAGUAUAUAUAUAUAUAUAUUGUGAGUCGGUCCCUAAGCUCAGUAACUGACAGCAGCACAGAGCAUGUGCAGUGAAUCAGCAGAAAAGAAGAUGGGGAGCUACUGGGGCAUCUCUAGGGACACAGAUCUUCCAUUCUAAACGGCUGUGGUUGCCUUGGGCUGGUACAGAACCCCAAAACAUAAUGUCCAACAUUUCUGCCCUACAUCUUUAGUUACACUUUAGGCUUUUUUUAGGAAAAUGCUAACAAACCAACAUUAGCACAAGUGCUUAUCAGAUUUUAGUGUUAGUAUAGUGAAUGUGUGUAUCUAACCUUCCAUCCAUUAUAGGUACAGGAGUAGGAUCCUUUAUCUGGAAACCUGUUAUCCAGAAAGCUAUGAAUUAUAGGAAGGUCAUCUCCAGUAGACUCAAUUUUAAUGAAAUAAAUGAUUUCUUUUUUCUCUGUAAUAAUAAAACUGUACCUUGUAAUUGAUCCAAA